UUCCUUCUGGUUUUGCUGCCCUUUUGCCCACGUCGUCGUUGCUCACAAGCGUUUGGGUUCGGUUCCGUCCCGCCCGGCCAUGAGUACACUUCUUCCCCGUAUCGAGCAGCUGUCUGCCCGCGUGGUUCGGGUUUUGGGUUGUAAUCCGGGACCGAUGACCCUGCAGGGGACGAACACGUACCUGGUCGGAACCGGGGACAGGCGAGUGCUCAUUGACACCGGUGAACCGGGGGUCCCGGAGUACAUCAGCAGUCUGAAGGAGGCUCUGAGCACGUUCAACACCAGCAUUCAGGAGAUCCUGGUCACCCACUGGCAUCACGACCACACGGGCGGCGUGGACGACAUCUGCAGGGACAUCACAGGUUCCGAGGUCCGAGUCAGCAAACUUCCCCGAUCCGGCCAGCUCUACGAGGGCUCGGGAAGCCAGAAGUACACGUACUUGAAAGACGGAGAUGUGGUCCACACGGAGGGAGCCACGCUCAAGGUGGUUUUCACGCCAGGCCACACAGACGACCACAUGGCGUUGCUUCUGGAGGAGGAGGCGGCUCUGUUUUCGGGCGACUGCAUCCUGGGCGAGGGCACAGCCGUCUUCGAGGACCUCCACGAUUACAUGAGGUCGCUGAGGACGCUGAUGGACGCCGGCGCCGACCUCAUCUACCCUGGUCACGGUCCCGUGGUUCGAGACGCCAGCGAGAAAAUCCAACACUACAUCAGCCACCGCGAUCAGAGGGAGCGACAGAUACUGGCGACAGUUCGGGCCGCAGCGGGAAAGCCCUUCACCUCCAUGGAGCUUGUCAAGAUCGUCUACAAAGACACUCCCGAGCACCUUCAUCAGGCAGCCAAUGUGAACCUGGUGCACCACUUGAAGAAACUGGAGAAAGAAGGAACGAUAAGUCAAGUGAUGACAGAAUCAUCAUGGAACAACACAUGGAGGAGUAACCUGUGACGAGGAUGACGUCGUAUAUUCGGUGAACGUAAUCAGCACAAAUGGAAUAAAAAUUUUUUGGUUUUGUUUUUAACACCACUGAGAUUCAUCAGUGUCCGCUACUCAGAUUUAUUUACACUGAAAACACAUUGGUAUGUAACGUAGAUUAUUUUUGGAUUACUUUAUCAACCGUGAAGAAAAAUCACAGUCACAAACAUCGCAGCAAGAUUUGUAGUAAAAAAUAAAUACAUUUGAGAAUGCAAAUGCGCACAUUAAACCGUUUGAUUCAGUGGGGGAAAAAAAACAAACUGUAAAUUGACCAAUGUAAAUCUGGCGUACCCCUUGGAUGCCAGCUAUGCACACCAGAGUUUAAGAAUCACUGCUGUCUACUGUACUGUAGUCUAUAAUUUGAUACAUAUACUAUUCCAGUCAGUGCCUUUAGAAAGGUUUAAAAUCUUGUUGUAACUCACGUCAGUCAAUACGUAGCAGCGCAGCAGCGACCAGUUCUUUCCACAUUUAGCAACUUUUUUUGAUCAAAAAUUGCAAUGAAUUACAUGAUUUCUUGUAACUAUAAAUUAAAUAAAGACUGAUUCCUGUCCUUGUGAGGCGGGUUGGAUCAUGCUCUAUUUUUGUAUAGUUUGCGUCGUGAUGACAAUACAGUAACUGAUUGAACUCCAAAAGUGUCAGUGUGUUAACUUGUGAGCUGAAUAUUGACAAGUGUAAGAGGACUUUGAGCUAGUGUGUGUGUGUGCGUGUGUGUGCACGCGUGUUCACGAAGCACUGACGUUGGAUGGCAAAGGUGACUUUACUGAAAAUAUGCUGCAGAAGAAGAAGCACGUGUACGUGUAUAAAGGUGACGAGACUUGCUGGACCACAUCCAGACCACAAGGUUAUUACAGUACACCUGAAAUUGCUAUAUUAUUUCUUG